UGCGCGGGACCCGCGGGUUCCCAGCCGCGCUGAGGUCACAGGGAGACGGCCUGGCGUCCGAGCCGAGCGCCUGCGCCAAGCGAGGCUAGAGCGGAGCCGGAGCACUAGCGGAUCCCGAGCGCAGCGAGCAGGGAGACGCCGAGGCGCACGGCCUCACGUCGCCCUGGCAGGCCGGCAUGGAGGAGUGCCGGGUGCUCUCCAUCCAGAGCCACGUCGUCCGCGGCUACGUGGGCAACCGGGCGGCCACGUUCCCGUUGCAGGUGUUGGGGUUUGAGAUCGAUGCUGUGAACUCCGUCCAGUUUUCAAACCACACAGGCUACGCCCACUGGAAGGGCCAAGUGCUGAACUCGGAUGAGCUCCACGAGGUGUACGAGGGUCUGAAGCUGAACAACGUGAAUAAAUAUGACUACGUGCUCACGGGGUACACGAGGGACAAGUCCUUCCUGGCCAUGGUGGUGGACAUCGUGCGGGAGCUGAAGCAGCAGAACGCCCAGCUGGUGUACGUGUGUGACCCGGUGAUGGGGGACAAGUGGGACGGCGAAGGCUCUAUGUACGUUCCGGAGGACCUGCUGCCCGUGUACAAAGAGAAGGUCGUGCCCGUUGCAGACAUUAUAACCCCUAACCAGUUCGAGGCUGAGUUACUGAGCGGCAGGAAGAUCCACAGCCAGGACGAAGCCUUAGCGGUGAUGGACGUGCUGCACUCCAUGGGCCCCGACACAGUGGUCAUCACCAGCUCCGACCUGCCCUCCCCGCGGGGCAGCGACUACCUGAUCGUCCUGGGGAGCCAGAGGACCCGGCACCCCGACGGCUCCGUGGUGACCGAGCGCAUCCGCAUGGACAUUCGGAAGGUAGACGCCGUCUUCGUGGGCACCGGGGACCUCUUUGCGGCCAUGCUCCUGGCAUGGACACACAAGCACCCCAACAACCUCAAGGUGGCCUGUGAGAAGACGGUGUCGGCCAUGCACCACGUGCUGCAGCGGACCAUCAAGUGUGCACAAGCCCAGGCCGGGGACAGACAGAAGCCCAGCCCGGCCCAGCUGGAGCUGAGGAUGGUCCAGAGCAAGAGGGACAUCGAGAACCCGGAGAUCGUCGUCCAGGCCACGGUGCUGUGAGGGCCGCGUGCGUGUGCCCGCCUCCCGGCGCGCAGCGUGUGGGCGUGUCGCUCUUCGUCCCGUGAGACAUGUGACGUCUGCCUUAGAGCCGAGAUCGAGACUUGACGUUUCUUUCCUUUCGUGCGUGUCCAGCAUCCGCUGGUCUUCAUCGUGAAAUUGUGCCAGUCGUGCUUUUUAAAAAUCACAAAGUGAUCACAGAAGUUCGUGAUUUGGAAAACCAGCUGCCCUUCCCCACCGAGGCUCCCGGGCCUCUCUGGACCACCAGCUCUGUGGCCGCCCUCUCGGGGGGCGUCCUCCCCAGCUUGGGGGGGUGGCACUUGGUGGGAGGAGCUGCGGCCCCUAGACAGUCGCAUCAGCUCCCACCAGUGAAUGGUCUCCUGUCCAAUGUGGGUCUGGGCGGUGGGGGCGGGUCCCCAGGGGGUGGGGGCUCUGCCUGUGUGUCUCUGAGAGCCAGUUCAGCGUUAACCAUUCGCAUCCCGACAGACUCUACCAAACACCUUUAUUGUCAUUCUGGCCUUUUCCUCUCGGCUCCUGCUUCCAGACUUCUGUUUCUUUGCUGCUUAGAAGGUCGCGGGGCAUUCUAGGUAUUCCGCUUCUGUCUCCACAUCGGGACAGGUCAACGCCAGCUGGCCCAGAGACACACAGGCCUGCCCAGUCACGUUGGCAGGGACACUUCCAGGACCCCCCGAAUUCAAGCCAGUGCACAAAUCUCAUGAGUAUCGCAGGACCACUCUGUAAUGCACAGGUGUCUCUAGAGACCCGCCGAGCAAGGUGCAGAGACACCCGUGGGGGCAGGGCUGGCCCGGGGCCAGGGUGUCUGGGAGGGUACCUUGCUGGGCUCCUUGUGGAAGGCCCCCCUAGUUUGUGGCACAACAGCUUGGGAACUGCGUGCCUGCCACCUGCUGCUAGUGACAUGCCUUGUGCCACGGAGUGAGUGUACAGACAGGUACGGGGGCGGAGGUGGGCUCCUGCUCCCGCUGGGGGCCCAUUUCACCCCGAAGCCCUGACAGUAGUGCAGCUGCCCGCUGCAGGCGUGACCUCCUCGGCUCCAUGUGCCCAGAACUUUGGGGUACCCUAGGCAUGGCUGCAGGCAGGGGUGUCCCUCCUGAAGACUCAGCCUACCUUGAUGUCAGCACCCUGCCCCCACUCUGAGGAGGCAGAGGGUUGCCCCUCCCAGGAGCCCACAGCGGGAGCCCGCACGGCUGAGCAGUGCAUUCCGCACUUUGUAGAAAAGCCCUGAAAAGAAGAGUUGCCACUCCCCAGUGGCCUCCCGGCCCUGUGCCCCACCACUCACUUCUGGUCGCCCACACUCGGAGCCGUGGUGCUCGCGGGUCGGUGGGGGGUGGGGCUGUACACAGGUCAGGCCGUCUGUGCCACUCAGGCCCGGCUGAGCCCUGGGGCAGAGCCCAGCCCAUUGGUCCCUGCCGGCCCACUGGACCAGGAGGAGGAAGCAGUGGCCGCAGCCCAGCAGGGGGCCGUAGGGACCAGCCAGAGUCCCCAGGGCCCAGGGCCGGUGCAGCGCCUGUGAUGGCAGUUACCACCACCUCCAAGUAGAGCUGGGGAGCCAGGCGAUGGAAAAGGUUUCUCAUCCUUGUUUUGUUUUAGUUUUGACUCAGAGACGAUGUUUGUUAAAGCUGGGACCAGGGAACAAGGAAGGGCCUAGGACAGAAGCAGCAACAGGCGAGAGCCCGGGUGGGGCUGCUUGGGUUCCCUUGAAAGUCAGCGAGAAGGGGGCCUCGGGGGCCGGGUCACGGGGAAGCCUGGAUGAGCUGCCGCCGCUGGUUGCUGCCGUGGACGUGAGUCUGAGGGGUGGGGGGGGCCCUUAGAGCUCAGGAGACGCACCCCUGCUGGGGAAGAAGACGUCGAAGACGGGGAAGGGAGAGGCGCGGGGGUGGCGCUCCAGGAGGAAGCGUGCUCUCUCUAUAUUCAUAGCAAGAGCCGGUGUGGGGCUGGGGAAAGAACCCAAAUGUGUCUGUCUCCCGUGAGGUGGUGGGAACCCCCCCGGGAGACUAGGUGCUGGGUGUUGGGCCUGUUCCGUGCGCACACGGAGCGAACCGGAAGGGAAGCGUGCUCUGUGGACACUACACGUGGUUCUCGGCUCUGUGGUUUCAUUGCAGAGGCGCGGCCCCCUGAGGUUCCCUUCUCCUACUCCCCUGUGUUUAUUACACACACACGGGUGGGGCUUUCUCCACCCACACAGCUUCAGCGGGACCAGGGACUCGGGCUCCAGCCGGGCUUGUCCGUGCCCUGUGGCGGCAAAGCUUCCACAGGAGGAGACGGUGCUGGGCUCUCCGUGAUGAGAGAGGGGGCAGCUGGGGACCCUGAGAGCUCCCUGGGAGUGCGGGGCUCCCGGGGAGACGCCUGGAGCUCCUGUGGGAGGCCGAGCCCCGUGUCCCCACGUCCAGCCCGUGCUCUCCUGGCUUGUCUGCACACCUGCCCGACCCGUGGGUCUCAGGUACAGUGGAGGCUGCAGAGGCACCAGAGCCUUCUCCGUGCAGAGUGUCCCACCGAGGAGUCAGCCGCGGCCCCUGGCAGGUUUUCACACAGGUCGGGGCCAAGUCAGAAUUGACCUUUACUGUUUGUACUUCACGUGGCUUAGUGGCCCGCAGACGACCGUUGGUGCUGGCGCGGGAGGUGGUGGUGGGGCCGCAGGCUUCAACACUGCCCAGCGUUUCAGUCCUCCUGCGGGCCAGCAGGAGGCAGCACUGAGUGGGCUCCCUUGUUUGUGAACCAGGCUGCGGUCGUCCCCAGGUCCUGUUGCGGUGACCGGGUCAGUCGGCCUCACGUUUGUAAGAGGCGUCAGUGACGGUGGAAACCAUGCUUUCUUGGUUGUCCUGCUCUCACGCUUGUCGGAACCAACCUUCACAACGUUUCAUUUUCCCAUGACUGAGCCGGGCUCGGCACGCCUGCCCUGAGGUGGGGGAGGGUGUCUGAGCACUGAGGUCGCAGGCCAGAGCACACGGCCUGCACCGUGACGCCGGAGUCCUGAUGGAACGGGGUUGCCUCCCCGCCGCCGUCAUCCGUGUGACACACACGUGGGAGCUGCAGGCCCCUCUGCCGACUGGCUGCUGGCCUCCACCGCACGCACGGCUGCUCAGACUUGCCUGCCCUUGGAUGGGCCGGCCUGCUGCCCGGGGCGUGGGGUCCUCAUCUGUGCGAAUCAGAGACACCGUGUGACUGGACUGUACUCGGAGCCGGAACAGCCAGGCACCCCUGUCUUCCUUCUCCGCCCCCCACCCGGGCCCUGGGGCCCCCUCCACACGCAUCUCCCCCUGGGAGCCUCCCAGUACCUGCGUGGGCUGGAAGGAGGGAGGGGAGGGGAGAUUGUGAGUGGGCAGGGUGGGUUCUGAGCAGCCAGUGCGUUGUGAGUGUUGCCUGGCUUUCUGUGUCUGGGUGGGAGCCAUGUUGUCCCCAAACUGGAUUCUGCCCACCAAGGGCACUGCCGCCAAACCCACCGGUUUCUCCCGCACGCCACCUCCCGCAGUCCGAGGUGACGCACAGGAGUGGGGGCCCUGCGGGAGCCCCCGGGACCAGCUGCUGUGCUGGGGGGUCGGGGGGCUCACCGUUCUCGUAGUGCAUGUGUCUUCUUGUGGACGUCUGCAGUUUAUUCUCGGUGCAAAAUGUCUUCUUCUGUUUAACUGAUUAAAAAACGUCUUACAAAC